UCAUCCGCCUAUCGCAGCUGCUGAGUGCCAAGCUGUGACGGAGGAGGUGGACAAUACGAUAAAGGUGGGGACUUUGGAUGGCCACUUCAUACAGGACUUUAAGGAGGACUAUCUUGCUACUAUCAAGUCUGUGAGCAUCUUGUUGGACUCAGAGUUGACGGCGGUAGAGCUGUCAGGAGCGUUCCCGGGUGGCAACAAGAUGCAUGGUGCCUCUUCGCCCGCCUUCCCACCCCCACACUGCUUGACUCGAUAUGAAUGGAGGUCCUCAGCAGCCGAGGAACCCGCUGAUCGGGCCAGGCAUCUCGAUCUGUCUAUUCGGUCACUGCAUACAGGUUUGCGGAGUGGCAAGAUAGAGGAGUGUAUGAUAGUGCUACCACCGACAUCCUAUAUGGGCGGCCGGGACAAUGUUACUGUGAUCAUAAG